GAGCCGUGCCCGACACCGAGACACCGGAGCGGUCUGCCACAAGAUAACUUCCAAAGUUGGCUUCCACAUGAGCCGGCAGAAGGGAAGACACUGAGUGAUGCUUUAAUUUGGAAGAAAGCCUCCGCGUUUCAGUGUUUGUAUCCCGAAAAAAAGGUACUUUUUUUUUUGGAAGAGCGCACCGAGGCGAAGGCGCAACCGGGAGCUAAAGGAGGAGGAAGAGGUGGACUUCAUCGCGAGGAGAAGCGACUUCUUCUGGGACGAAUGAGUGUUUGAUGUUGGAGGCUGCUUAUCCACUUUCUCGCCUCAAAGUUUGAACACGAUUCAAAAAGAGGAACAAGAAAACCCUGCGAACAAUUUGCUGCUUUUGUGAAUAACUUUUACACAUCAACCGGUUUAUGAUUACCGGAAACGUGUCCAUGAAGAGACAACUUUAAAGAGUCCAAUUCAGGAGGAGUAAAAGUUACCUAUAACGGAGCAGAACUCUCGAGACUUUAUGAGAAGAUGGGAUCAUAAAGGUCAAAGUGAUGAAGAUGAUACUCGGAGAAGAAACGCUGUGAAUCCUCAGUGAAAGGAGGCAGGGGUUUUGACGUUCCCUUGUUGAAGACCCCCCCGUGAGCCCGGGCAUAACAAGAGAUUUGGUGUGUAGUGUUGUGGGGGGGAGAGAGGUUGGAUAGUAAAGAGAAAAAGAGACGGAUAAAGUCUGAGAGUGAAGCUGCUAAUUGCUCAGUCGGUCCCUCAUUACCAUAUCCAAUGCGCGUCCGCUGGACUCCAGCCAAUCCUCCCCACCUUCACAUGGUGCCAUUAAUCGCGAGGCAUUAUUCACUAUCGUAAUUAUUAUACCGACAUGCGCAAUCCGACGCACAGCAACAUCAGCGACGGCAGCAGCAGCAGCAACGGCUAAUUUACUGAACAUUUUUCCUUUUUUGCGUCCCCCUCCUUUCCUCUCUCUCAGCUAUAUCAGACUAUUUGCGAACUUUUUUUUUUAAGUGUGUGUGCGUGUUGAUUCAUUCGCUCUCCGCUGAUGUAUCUGCAAAACGCAGAGGCAUCACGGAGCGCAAAAGCAGCAGCAGCAGCGACAUCCACGCCAGCAGCAGCAUGUCCCGACGCAAGCAAGCCAAGCCGCAGCACCUCAAGUCGGACGAGGAUCCCGCAAUAGCCGGGGUGAUUUCCGAGCACGCCCUAGGUGAGGUGCUGGAAGACGCAGACAGUGGGAAUGAGAGCCGCAGCGGCAGUGAGGAGACACACAUUUGUGAGAAGUGCUGCGCUGAGUUCUUCAAGUGGUCAGACUUCUGUGAACAUUUAAAAUGUUGCACCAAAAGCCCCCUGGUGCUCAUAGUUAAUGACAAUGAGAACACACCUAUCCCCUCCCAAGAAUAUACUACAGAGCUCUCCCCUGUACCCAGCUGCUCUAGCGAACAGGCUGACAGCGAGGACCCGAGGGAGGGCAACCACAGUCUCGUUGGUGAGGGGGAGGACAUCCCAGAGACAGCAACCCUAAGUGGGGUCAAUCUCCAAGAAAACGAGGAUGAGCAGAUGGAGCUAGAGCUUUCACCAGAAAAAAAUAUGGAUCUCGACGAGACAGAUGUGACAUCUCCUGAACCAGACGGCUCCCUACCUCAGCUCAAUGAUGUGGUACCCUCCGCUGUUACAAGCUACGCCAUGCCAAGCACCAAUGUUACCUUGGAGACCCUGCAUGGCACCCGGGUUGCAGUCGCCCAGUUUUCACAGAGCGUAAGGGCAGCAGUGGGCAGUGGGGUUUCCACCAUGGCUAUUCCCAUGAUCCUGGACCAGCUGAUGGCCCUCCAGCAGCAGCAGAUACACCAGCUGCAGCUGAUAGAACAGAUACGCAGUCAGGUGGCACUGAUGAACAGGCAGUCUGCAUCACAGCCUGCUCUAAACAACCAUCACAGCAAUGCUGCUGGAAACCAAGGGCCUGUUUCCUCCUGUGCCCCUCCUAUCGCAAGUCAGCUUCAACUACACAACUUCAUCACUCCCCCUGUCCAUCAGAUGCCUGUGAGGUUGCCAGCCACGCUCAGCGCUCAAGGCCCUUCACCCUUGACCUCAGGGAUGGAAGGGCCCCUCUCUCAAACACCCAGUAGCUGUCAGCAAUCUAACUCUUCAAUACCCAACACGUGCUCAAAUAAUUUGGUGUUUCCCUCGUCCAGUGGCAACGGAUUGUCAUCUCUACUCCCCUCCUGUUCAUCAUCAGUCACAAACAACAUUAGCAGUAGUAUAACAGGAGGUGGUGGCAUCAGCAGCUCAGCUCUGUCCAGGAACUCCAUCACCCCUCCUUCGCUCAGCCACAGCAGCCUCAUGAGCUCUGCCUCCAAUCUACCGCUGAUACCUCACAGCUCAUCCAGCAGCGUGAUCUUCCCCAACCCGCUGGCCAGCAUAGCAGCCACAGCCAAUGCGCUUGACCCCCUCUCUGCUAUGAUGAAGCACCGCAAGGGGAAGCCCCCAAAUGUGUCUGUGUUUGACACUAAGCCCAGCUCUGAAGACCCCUUCUUCAAGCAUAAGUGUCGGUUCUGUGCCAAGGUGUUUGGCAGUGACAGCGCCCUACAGAUCCACCUGCGUUCACACACUGGAGAAAGGCCCUUCAAAUGCAACAUAUGUGGAAACCGUUUCUCCACUAAGGGAAAUCUGAAAGUUCACUUCCAGAGGCACAAAGAGAAAUACCCACAUGUUCAGAUGAACCCCUACCCUGUGCCAGAGUACUUGGACAACGUACCCACAAGCUCAGGCAUCCCGUAUGGAAUGUCUUUUCCCCCGGAAAAACCUGUAACCACAUGGCUCGACAGUAAACAGAUCCUCUCCACAAAUCCCACCUCCGUUGGGCUCCAGCUGCCUCCUACGCUGCCGAGUAUGAUGGGAGGUUAUGGUGAGUCUCUAAGCCUCACACCGCUUAACAGGUCCCCUCAAGGGUAUUCUCCACCAUUAAGCGACUGUGCAUCUUUGUCCCCUAAUAUUGCUAUUGACUCUGGCAUGACCACUAUGUCCCCCUCCCCAAAGCCCAGUCUAGGUAGUGAUGCACCUCCUCUCUUGAAACCUGAAGGUGUUCUCCUUCCCCCAAGCUGCUCUACUAGGCCAGGAGAGAACACCACCACCACCACAACUACACUAACUCAAGUGGUCCUUUCCUCCACCGUCACCUCAACCUCAUCGUCCAGUAGUGGCCAGUUCACUGAACCCAUCACUAGCCCAAGCUCAAUUUCUAGCCAUGUCUCCCAUCCUGUCCUUCCCAUGCUCUCAGACCAGUUUAAGGCCAAGUUUCCCUUUGGAGGCCUCCUAGACUCUAUGCAAACCUCGGAGACAUCAAAGUUGCAGCAGCUUGUCGAGAACAUUGACAAGAAGAUGACUGAUCCAAACCAGUGUGUCAUCUGCCAUCGCAUUCUGAGCUGCCAGAGUGCCCUCAAGAUGCACUACCGUAUCCACACUGGCGAGAGGCCUUUCAAAUGCAAGAUAUGUGGGCGGGCAUUCACCACAAAGGGAAACCUGAAGACACACUUUGGUGUCCAUAGAUCCAAACCACCACUCCGGGUCCAACACUCCUGCCCUAUCUGUCAGAAGAAGUUCACCAAUGCCGUCGUGCUGCAGCAACACAUUCGUAUGCACAUGGGAGGGCAGAUACCAAACACCCCUGUCCCAGAAAGCCUGCAGGAGAUGGACACUGACCUCUCCUUUGAUGAGAGGAGCAUGGAUGCGAUGAGUAGUUAUGAUGACGACCUUCUGGAUGAAAUGGAGCAAGCUAUGGAAGAUGAACCCGACUUCAAAGAGGGAGAAGUAGACCCAUGUAAACCGUAUUCACCUGGGUGCUCCCCACCAACUUCCAUAAUUUCAAGCAUUGCGGCAAUGGAGAACCAGAUGAAGAUGAUCGACUCCACUGCCAACAUGACCCGUUCGUUUGGUCAGAAGCCUACGCAGAACGGCAUCAGCUUUGGAGGAGAAACUGAUUGCUUUGCCACUGAUUCCCUCUCUGCUGUGGGGGAUGCUGAAGGUCAAAGCUUGGGGAGCCCUGCUUUGUCUGAGUCCUCCGGCUCGAUGCAGCAUUUUUCCCCAGCUCACAGCAAUUCCGAGAGCCUGCGAUCCAAAUCCCCAGCUGCAUUCAACAAUAACAUCAACAGCAACAGCACCACCAUAGUAGGAGAGGGCCAGGAGAACAAUUUGUCUGGCUUUGCAACAGUGAAGUCGGAAAAAUCAGAGACCCCAUCUCCGCUCUCUGCAACUGAAGGCACCGGGGCCCUUGACCUGACUGCCACUCAACCUGGCAGGCACUUUAUCAAGGAGGAGAGCCACUUCAGCAUGCUGUUUCUAAAUAGAGAUCGAGGUCUGAGCACUCCUAAUUUGGCCAGCACUGCAUCGAACAUGAUCAAAAUGGAAAUGAACGGACACGGGAGGUCGAUGUCUCUGAGCGACAACUCUCACCAUCCGGCGGGCAUCCAUGUUCCUGCUGCAGCGCCCCAGAGCACCAUGAGCCCCAGCAUCAAUCCGAUGUUGGCUCCCCCACCUCCACGACGCACUCCUAAGCAGCACAACUGCCACGCCUGUGGGAAGAAUUUCUCCUCAGCCAGUGCUCUGCAAAUCCACGAGCGCACACACACCGGGGAAAAACCUUUCGCCUGCUCUAUUUGUGGAAGGGCUUUCACCACAAAGGGCAAUCUGAAGGUACACAUGGGAACACACAUGUGGAACAACGCUCCAGCCCGAAGGGGUCGGCGACUGUCCGUAGAGAAUCCCAUGGCCCUCUUGGGUGGGGACGCCAUGAAGUUCAGCGAGAUGUUCCAGAAGGAUCUCGCGGCUCGGGCCAUGAACGUCGACCCGGGCUUCUGGAACCAGUACGCCGCCGCAAUCACCAACGGGCUUGCCAUGAAGAACAAUGAGAUCUCUGUGAUCCAGAAUGGAGGCAUCAACCAGCUGCCUGUCAGCCUCGGCGGCCCAGGAAUCACUUCAUUGGGACCCAUGCCGGGAGGAAUGGACCGUGUUCACACCGGAAACAGCCCUUCCAUGACGGGUAUGGAGAAGGCUGGUAUGGAUGUCGGGUCCAUCCGUCCGUUUGCCAGAUUUAUGGAGGAGAACAAAGAGAUUGGGAUCAAUUAAAAAUACUUUUCUGUAUUAUUCCAAGGUAGGCGUUUGGCAAAGACUAAGAGUCUUACAAGAAGGAAAUAAACUGCUGAUCCAGUCUGAACUCAUGCGUACUAUAUUAUGUACAGAUUAAAUAUUUUUUGUUUGGUUUUGGAAAUAUAGUAUUUAGUAUUGAUUAGAGGUCUUUGCCUUUCAUCCAUUCCCUCUUCACUUGAUAUUUCGCCUAUACGAAGAAUAUUUUGUCUCUUGUUUGAGAAUAUGUCGUCUUGCAAGAUUUGCAUGGUACUUAUUGGUUUUUAUCAGUAUGUUUGACUGCUUUUAUGAAUUAUUUUGAAAACCAAGAUCCUGCCUCAUUUAUAAUGGGCAAGAAUCUUGUCUGGACUGGACUAAAACAGAAGAGUUAAAGACAGUAUGGCCUUUGUCUGGCAACCUUGUUUAUGAUUGCUCUUUUAAAUAUAAAAGGGCCGUGGAUAGACUGAAGAAAAGACUGAAAUAUAGUGUUUCUGUGCUCGCCUGAUAUUCUUUUUCUCAUGAACUAGAAAACUUGAAAAAAAUAAUGUUUGAACUAUUUUAAUCUUUACAUUUAGUCUCCCAGCAUUGUCUUAUAAUAUUGUCCUGUGUCUUUAGUAUUUAUGAUAUUGACAAAAAAGCGGGUAUACAAAAAUAUAUUUAAUGGCCCAAGCGUUUUAUUGAUCCAUUUCUUUUCUAAACUGCAGGCUUCACUGAUGAAUAUCUCUUUCAAUAAAGACGGUAUGUCGUUUUGAGUUGAACAACAGAGAAAAUCGUAGGUUUUAUUUGGAUAUCUGUUGAGACUAUGUGUAUCUCGUUACAUGGUAAAGAGGCUAGAGAUAUCCGAAGCUGCUAUGACCACAACCCUGCUUUUAACCUUUGUAAAAAGAAAAAAAGUGAUCCUUUUGAAGAAAUAUCUAUGUAUAUAAAUACAGACAAAUCUAAAAACAGGUAUGCAUAUUUUGUAUCACAUAAAAAUAGACAUCAUGAGUUGAGAGUAUUUGUCAUGUUUGUGAAUGCACUUUUUAAAAACAAGACGUUUUGUCUGUGAGUUACCGUUAACCUUUUGACUGAGCUAUCUAUCACGUGCUGUUUUCAUUGUUUUCAUUGUUUCCAGCGUACCACUCCUACAAUUUGCAGAGUCGGUUCUCUGUUAUUGCAUCUGUGCUACUCGUCAGAGUGCAAACUCAUCACUCAAUCAAAACCUUCUUAAAUAAAAAAAAGAGAACAUGU